CAGAUUCAUCCAAUAGUGCUUUUAAAUUUGGAAUACCUAUCAUGACUGGUUUUUCUUCAAACGUCGGAAGUUACCGACCCGUCCUAUCGGCUCUCAUAGUCAUGACUGUGGCUUCAAGCGCCGCUGCUUCAUCUCAUAAUCCGACUCACAACCUUUGGUCUCGUGAUGCGACUACUACAUCAAAAGCCAAAUCAUCAAACUCAGCUGGUGCCGGUGCUGGAGCUGGUAGUUUACAAACUGGAAAUUUUCCUCCAAUCGUUCAAUCUAUGGCUCCUUCAACAAUGACAGCUUUACCGGCUACUUUCACACCUGGUAGCGCUUCGCCCGUUCCUGGAGCUCCAGCCCUUCCAUCAACUAUCCUUAACAUUGCUAGUUAUCCUCCACUCGAUUUGAUUCCUUCCGUCAAUUCACCAGAAGUCAAGGAAUGGCUUAGUCAGAUCGAUAUGACCAAAAUUCCAUCUUCAGCACCAACUGGACUGAACGGAUGUAGUAACACAUCUAAUGCGGCUGCUGUCAAAUCAGCAGGAGCUGGUGGGAAUUGUUGGUGGACUUGUGGUGGUUGUUCGCGUGAUACGGAUAUCACUGUCUGCCCCAACAAAGCUACAUGGGGUGCUAGUUUCGAUGAUGGACCUUCACCUGAUACACCUAUCUUACUUGAUUAUCUUGCUAAACAUAAUCUUACUACAACCUUCUUCGUUGUCGGAUCACGUGUUCUCAGUCGUCCUGCCAUGUUACAAUAUGAAUACGAAGCUGGAAAUCAAAUCUCUGUUCACACUUGGUCUCAUCCUGCCCUCACUACCUUGACCAAUGAGCAAAUUGUUGCAGAGCUAGGGUGGUCUAAAAAGGUCAUCAAGGACACUAUUGGCGUCACCCCCAACACGAUGAGACCUCCUUACGGUGAUAUUGAUGACCGAGUUCGUUACAUCGCUAUGGCUAUGGGCCUUACACCUAUCAUUUGGACUACAUCCCCAGCUGGAAAGACCUUUGACACUCAAGAUUGGAAGAUCUCCACUGGUAUCGUAACACCAGCUCAAGUUCUCAAGAACUUCCAAGAUAUCAUUGCAUCAGCUUCUUCGCUCACCAGCGGUUUCAUUGUUCUUGCCCACGAUUUGUAUCCUCAAAGUGUUGCCUUAGCAGUAGAAUACGUUCUACCACAAGCUUUAGCAGCUGGAAACUUGACAGUAGAACCAAUCAUCACUUGUCUUGGUCAACCACUUUCAGAAGGUUAUGCAGAAACAGCUACCACCAAUGUAUCAACCGGACCAUUCUCAACCAAUUCAUCUACAGCUAGUCCUAAAGUGUUUAGAAACGGUACUGAUGCAUCUGGUUUCUCUGGAAAUGUUAAUAAACCUUCUUCCUCAUCUAUUCUUUCUGUUAAACCUUUGAUGUAUGGUUUAUCUACAUCUUUGAUGAUCUUAUUUAUUACUUUGUUGUAAUAAUUUUUUCUAUAACAUUUUUUCCUUUUCACUAAAGAAGUACCGACUUGAAUUAUGACCUACUCAUUAUGAAAUCAUUUCCUUCCCCCCCCGCCUUUAUUUUUCUUUCUUCUUUUCUUUCUUCAUGUUCUUUUUCAUUCCUCUCUUCAAACCUUGUUCUUUUUUCUUUUUUCUUUUUUUUUCUUUUACCACUUUUACAUUUGAUUUCAAUUUUGUUUUCUUUUCUUUCUUUCUUUCUUUGGUAAACGAUAUUGGAUUUAUAAAAACGUUUCUUCGUUACACUUGUUACAUUCAUUUCAGCAAAUAAACUUUUUGCUUUCUUCUCAGUCAUUAAGCAUUUAGAGACACAUUAGAGGACCUAAUUAUCAGUUCUCAUCAAUCCUUGACCCAUUACUAAGCUCAAAGAAGGUUUGUCUUUUUAUGAAGUUUGAAUUGCCAGAUGAACACUUCUAUUGCAGGGCUCUCUUAACCUCGUG